CUUGGUAAUUUAACCAGCCCAGGAACCGCCCAAUCGGCGUAUGAUUGGCCCCUCGACGAUGACUAUGGAUGCCACAGGUUCGAGCCCCGCGGCCGACCCUUGCUGCGGGUUGUGCCUAGCGGAGCGGGCUCCUUACACCUGCCCGCGCUGCCACCUGCGUUUCUGCUCCGUGCCCUGCUACCGGGAGCACGGCUCUUGCGCCCAGGACUUCCAGCGCCGGGAGCUGCAAAUCCUGCUCCAGGGCCAGCGGGAGGAUCCGGCCUCUCAACGCCGCUUGAGGGAGGCCCUCCUCCGGUUGCAGGACCUACGCGAGCCCGGGGAUGCGGAUACCCAGCUAGGCCUCGAUCCCAGUGUGGAGCAAGAGCUGUGGGAGCAACUGAGCCCUGAGCAGAGGAAGUGUUUCCAGAGGUUACUGAACAGCGGGGAGAUCUCGGCUCUCUUGCCGCCUUGGAAACCUUGGUGGACGGGGGGCAGCCGUGGGGCAGUGCUGGUUCAGGAACUGGGGGAGCCCUCUGAGACCCUCCACACCCCUUUGCAACAACCGGCACCCUCCCAGUGCACUGGGGCCUUGCAGCGCCCACACACUCCAGUGCCUUUGCAAGAGACUUUCCAGAGCCCUCCACAGCCAGCGGAUGCAUCGAACCCAGUGCCAGUGGUGCCCGGGGUCAUCCCACCUUUGCUCAGCCUGACCCGUUCGCCUGUCUCCCCCCUGGUUUGCUUCCAGCUGCCCAACGUGCUAUACGCCUAUGCCUAUUCCCUGGCGCUUUAUAACGGGGAUGUGGAGGAAGAUCAGCUGCUCCCUGAGUUUUGUGAGACAGUUCUGAAUGUCUCGGGUGCCCUGGGGGCCAAGCAAGGUUUCAGCUCCACCGCAGAGGCUCUGCAGGCCGCCCUGCAGGCCAUAACCACAGGGCGAUACCCUGAAUGCCUGCUGGGCAAUGCUGGAGUGAUGGCAGCUGUGGCCCAGAUCUUAAUGGGGGAAUGCCAAGCCAAGCAAAAGGGGUACAGCUUGGCUGCCCUUGCCCACCUUUCCAGGUUGCUGAGCAAGGGCAAGAGGCGGAUGCCCGUUGGGGAUCAACCUAGGCUGUAUGCUGCCAAGAAAAAGUGUGCAUUUCUUUUGUCCUGGGUGAAUGAUAAUGAAGGGGAGUUAACCCUCCUGGCCAUGGAAGUGCAGAGGGAAUACAAGGCCCAUUUGGACGCAGUCAAGGAGGUGGGAGCUGUCACCCAGGAACUGGAGAAGAUGUGGGGGGCCAAAGUGCCUCCCCCCAAAAAGCCCUUGAUAGAAGAAUUGGAUUGAAGGGCUAGACUGGAGGCUUGGAAACUGGCACACCUGCUGGCCUAGGGGGGAGAACGGAUUCUCCCUACUGAAGAUUGGAUUAGGGUUUGAGCAGGAAUAAAUGCCUUGUGAAUAGGAAGUUGAUCUCAGAUUAGUCACAAGCACAGAUGUCCAAGUGGAAUUGAUUAGCACCUUUUCUUUUUCAGGGAAGAGAACACCUUGAAACGGAGCAUAGCUGGAGUUUUGAGAGAUGUGGGGAAUCAGGCUUGUAAUAAAAUGUCCUUGGAUGAUGCAAGAGCGAAGAAACAGCUUAGUCACCUCACCUGAUGUGCUGGGAUUGGACACUGGGGGGUGCUAUAUAAGCCAGCUGUGUCUGGUGUAAGUGUGGAGCUUGUUCCAGUAAGUGUUAGCGAAGCACUUUGACACUGAGAACAAAGUCUUGUA